AUGGGCGUUUCUUCCGGCACGGAACACCCUGAGCCGGAGGGGAUCCCCGUGGAGUUGGAUGACGAUGACGACGACGACGAAGAGGAUGAAGAGGGUGAAGAAGGGUACGAAGGGGAAGGUGUUGAAGGUGAAGGACAAUAUGCUGAAGAGGCGGAGGAAGCUGAGGACGAUGAAGAAGAUGACGACGAUGAAGAAGACUCGGAGGACGAUGAUGAGGACGACGAAGACGAAGACGACACCGACGUCCCUACUGCCACACCCACAGCGUCCACAGCAGGCCCGCAACCCAAUAAUCGGGACUCGGCGACACCCAGCGCGACCGCCAGCAACAGUAUACCACAAAGCAGAAGUGCGAUUUCUAUUAGCGACCUGACCGAGAACGGAGUGCAGGGUCCGUUACCACCAAACCAACCGACACCGGGUAGCUCUGGCAUUUCAAUACCUGUUCUGCUUCACCCAAACGCCUCAGAUGGGGCAUCUGGCUCAGGGGUCCCCGUGCCCGUCGCAGACGCCUCAACCAGCGCCAAUCCACCCAACUCCUCCACCUCGACGCUGACAACACCUCCAACAUCCCUCCCAGCACCCGCACCAACCACCAACGGCAAACCCGACACGACUAGCCAGCCCUCAGCCUCAGCACCACCCUCCAAGAAAGGCAAAUCGCGCAAGCGGACGCCGUCACCCUCACCGCCUCCACCACCGCCACCACAGCCGCUGCAAACGAUUAGAUUGGAGAUCAAGUUGGGAGGGCCGAGUAAUUAUGAGGUGGAUAUUGCGCAGAUGGCGAAGGAUACGGGGCAGAGGCCUGCGACUCCGCCGCUGCCGAUGGCGCUAAGACCAGAGAGUGAGGAGGAGGAGCCGCCACCUGAGGAGACUGGAAAGAAGAGGAAGCGGAAGAAAAAGAACGCUGGCCAGGAAUACUACGACACCACUGAUCCUUUUAUCGACGACUCGGAGCUCGCUGUAGACCAGCGCACUUAUUUUGCCCAAACGAAACAACAAGGAUUCUAUGUCUCGAGUGGAGAAGUGGCCCUUUUGAAAGACAAGUCUCCGAAAAAACCAAAGUCGAAGAAACCGACGCUGUCAUCCGUCCUCCAUUCGAGCGUCUCUCAAGCUGUAUCGGCUGGUGUUCUACACAAGGAAGCAUCGGCAGAUGGGUCGCAUUCACCGUCUGGCGCGCAUUUCGGUGGAAGCCAAGGUAUCAAGGGUGUCGGUAUCGUCAAUGGUCAGAAUCAAGGCGGUGACAAGGGGAAGAAGCCUGCUGAUACGGGUGCCGCCGCUGGUUGGGUCACGGGUGCGGACGAAGGAGAGGGAGAUGAGAAGACUGGUCAGAAGAGGAAGCGGUACAUCACGGUUGUCGAUAAUGGGAAGAAGCGGAAGAUUGUUAACAUCAAUUCGUUCCAUCCUGACCUGCAAGUCGCUAUCGAGGAGCUCAAGAAGGCUAUCGCCAAAGAGAGCUGGGAGCAGAAAGGGAAAUUCCCUCAGGCUCUCAAGCCGGCGUUGUCGUCGUUGGCUCUGCUUGCUAUUCGGCUAGACGAGUACGACGAUCACUUUUUCAACCUCAUGCCCGUCCUCUUCCCAUAUAACAAGUUCACCAUGACGAAACUCAUCAAACGCACCGUGUACAAUGAUCACGUCGCGCUUCUCCAAGAGCGACAAGAUGAGCUUCUCAAGCAGCUCGAAGAGCUAGCCAAGGCUGGGUUCGCCCAGGCCGAAGCUGAAUGGGAGAAGAGCGUCGCAGCUUGGGAUAAACGACAAGAGAAGAUCCGGUUGGAGGCUGCGAAUGCCGGUGGUACAGCUAGCGGCGACGGCGGAAGCGGGACGAACUCGGCUGCACCAACCCGGCAUCCGACUGAAGAGAAGGAUGGGAUGGACGUCGACCAUCCGGGGAGUGUUAGUGCGCCUCCUGGGGGUGCUGCUACGGCGGCUGGUGGCCAUGCCCCUCAUCCACCCGGGAAGAAGUACCGCCUGACGGAGCAGAUGAAGGCGAUCAUCUGGGAUUUGGUGUUGCUGAGCAACGAGUGCUGUCGGUUGGAGAACGAGAAGAAUCAGUAUGAGGGGAGUGUGAUUCAGGUUAGUGAGCAGGGGUUGCGGAAGGUGCUGUAUCAGAAAAUUGUGGCUGCUUUCCCGGAGGGGUGGAUGUCGAGUGGUCAGAUCUCGAGGGAUGUGAGUGCGAUGAAGAAGAGGUUGGAGAAGGAGCAGUUGGAGAAUGAUUGA